GCCAAUCAAAAACAGGCAUGCUGUAAAAUCAUGACUUCCGUUUUUGCCGUAAUAGAUUUUGCAGAAUUAAACUGUACACCAGUUGAACACGAUGAAGAAGAAGACAUUAAUGGUGUUUGAUUUUGAUCACACGCUGGUGGACAGGAACAGUGACUUGUGGGUGAUCCAGUGCACACCUGAGCAGAGUUUACCUGCCUGGCUCAAGAAUUCCUACCAGAGAGGACGCUGGACCGAGUACAUGGGUCGAGUGUUUAGCUACAUCGCAGAGCAAUCUGUGGGUCCGGACACCAUCCGGGAGAUGAUGCAGACGAUCCCGUUCACGCAAGGAAUGAUCGAGCUGAUGGAAUUUAUCGGUCAGAACAAGAGCGACAUUGAUUGCAUUAUUGUCUCUGAUUCCAACACUUUGUUUAUAGAAUGGAUUUUAGAAGCUGGUGGUGUGACAGGUGCUGUUGACAGAAUCUUCUCAAAUCCGGCCAGUAUUGACCACCGUGGCUGCAUCGAGAUCGAGUGCUUUCAUUCUCACGCCUGUGAGGACUGUCCGGUUAACAUGUGCAAGCAGAAAGUGUUAACUGAUUUUAAGGACAAGCAGGCAGACACCGGGGUACACUACCAGACUGUGUGUUAUGUUGGAGAUGGAACAAAUGAUUACUGUCCUGUUAAGGUUUUAAACGAACAGGACUUUGUGAUGCCACGUAAAGGAUACAGCCUUGAAAAACUGCUGGUCAAAAGCAAGCAUGAAGGCAACACCCCUAAGGCACAAGUGAUACCCUGGAGCAAUGGGACUGAAAUCCUAAACCAGCUGCAAGUCAUCCACAAACAACCUAAGCUAUUUUAAAACACUAGUGAGGGGCUGUUAUAAAACACAGCAACAAAACAAGCUCACAUUUUAUAGCAUACGGGUCCUUAAAAUAAACUGAUAGUCAAACGAAUAAGGUCUGUUUACAGUAACAUAAACAUUUGCAUGCAAUUUUACAGUACUUUUGUACUUGAUCCAUUUUGCACUUUUAAUUGCAGAGUAGUGAAUUGUUGCUUGAUGAUGUAUUUUUCUUGAAUUUGAUUGCUCAGGGCAACACAGUGGUAUAGUGAUUAACACUGUGGUUUUGCACCUCCAGGGUCAAUAGUUUGAGUCCCACCUUUGGGUCUGUCUGUGUGGAGUUUGAAUUUUCCUUUCAUGCUUGGUGAAGUAGGCUCCAGGCCUCUUGUGACCCUGUACAGAAUAAACAGUAUAGAAACCGAGAGUUUAAGAGGGAUUGCACAGAUGGUGUUGGUUGAUUUAUUAUAACGUCACAGGUUUUGAAUCAUUGCAUUGUAUGUGAUAUAAAAGCUUAAGUACAUCAUAAUUAUGUGAAAAAAUUAAUAAAAAGUGUUCAUUGA